CGUCGAUCAGGGAGCUGAGUUUUCCGUUGCGAACGUUACACCUGCGUGGUAGGGUCAAAGUUACAUUGCCCUACACCCUUGGAAUCCUCAUAAAAUGGUUGAUGCUGAGUUAAAUGGCAAAAGCGACAAUAAAGUGAAUGUAGUUGCCAUCGGAGACUUGUCGAAAGCAGAUGCUGUGAGUAAACCAGAUGAUGUUCAAGAAGAGACUGCCUACACGGUUAAAAUAAUUCCAACCCAUUCAGACCCUUUCGAACUACAAGUGAGCUCCUUUGAGCUUGUACAGGAAAUACAUCGUGUGUUAAUGGAUCGAGAAGAAACCUGCAGUUGUACCUGCUUUUCAUUGGUUCUCAAUGGUCAGACACUUGAUAUGUUUGCUGACUUAAAAUCAGUUGAUGGCUUAGCUGAUGGCGUCGAACUAAAGGUUGUGGAAGAGCGCUACAGUGUUCGGGAAGCCAAAAAUCAUAUCCGACACAUCCACGAUCUCCUUCAUUCAAUUGAACCUUACGAUGCUUACACAGGUAGAGAACAGAUGUCCCUUUCGUUCGUCAAUUCAGUGGCAGGAGAACUAGAGCGGAAACAUUUCCCUACUCGGUUGGAUAUGCGGACAGACUUCAUACCACCUGAAUAUGUUAUGCCCGGUUAUGGUACAAACUCUAGCCUCCCAUUAUUGCCUUUACAUCCUUUGGAACGUGAUGGAAAGCCAGUUAAAUGCGUUCGCCAACUGAAUUACAGUAACUGGAACCCACCACCACCUGCAAGACGACUAUUGGGUGACUUGAUUUAUUUGUUCUUCCACACGCUAGAGGACAAAAAAUACCAUAUAACUGCUUGUCCCAGAGGAUUUUAUGUAAAUAUGUCCACUGAUGAUCAGUUUAAUCCCCACCCAAUACAACAUGCCUAUGUAGCACAUUCUCUGAUCGAUCUGCUGCGUCAACUUAGCCCAGGCUUCAAGCGCAAUUUUGAGUCCCUUUUAAAAACUCGAGCUUCUAAACACCCGUUCGAACGUGUCCCGACUCCGUACCAAGUCCACUCCUGGUUAGCACCUCUAAUCGAACAUUCUCCAGAUUCUGUAAGAAAGGAAGAAGCGUUUUCCUCACGUAUGGCUUGCGAAGAAAAUUUGCCCGGGCAGACUAGGGAUUGGAACGAGGAGCUACAAGUUACUCGUGAACUUCCACAGUCACGUCUUACAGAACGAUUACUUAGAGACCGUGCUAUCUUCAAGUCAAACAGUGAUUUUGUCGCUGCAGCAACUCGUGCUGCUGUUAGCGUGGUAAACGGAGAUAUUAUGGCUAUUAACCCGGGAGAAACGCGUAAACAGCAAAUGUUUAUCUGGAACAAUAUGUUUUUCUCACUCGGAUUCGAUGUCAAAGAUCAUUACAAACAUUUCGGUGGUGAAUAUGCUGCAUAUGCUGCCACGUCUAGCGAUUUAUGUGGAGUGCGCGCAUAUUCAAUGCUAGAUCAAUCUGGGCUGUAUACUCUUGGGACAGCUAUUAUAGAUUACCGCGGUUUCCGUGUUACUGCUCAGACAAUUAUACCAGGUAUUUUGGAGAAAGAGCAAGAACAGUUAGUUGUUUAUGGCUCAAUUGAUUUUGGCAAGACAGUGCUGACCGAUAAGCGUUAUGAAGAAUUAUUAUCUAAAACGGCUAAACAAUUGAAAAUCAAACCACACAAAGUGGUCAACCAAUCAGGUGAUACAAUACAGUUAUAUUCAUCUGUGGAUUGUAAAGGGAUUGUUGGAAAUGAUAAUCGAACUUAUAUUCUGGAUUUAUUACGUACUUUCCCACCAGAUCUAAACUAUUUAGAUAACGGUAGUGAUAUACGACCUCAACUGUCUCCUGAAUUAGUGAAGCUAGGUUAUCCUUAUCAACAUCGACAUAUGUUGGCGACUUUAAGACAAGAAUUGAUUGAAGCAUUUUUCGACUAUCGUUAUGAAAUGUUUCUACGUCUGGCUGCUCUGGAGAUCCAGAAGGUUAAAUCUUCCAUAAACGUUGGAGAUGAUGAUCAGAAUGCUGUUAGUUUGCAAAAUGGACAGGAUAACUGUCCAAACACUACUAUUGAUCCAUUGUCUCCCAAGGAUAGUCUAGUUACAACAAAACAUCAAAUAGAUCAUCAUGAUGUAACUGGACACUCUGGUAAUGCUUUAAACUCAGGGAUUGGGACGAUAAAGUCUCCAUGCAAGAAUCAAUCAGAUGAUUUAAGUCUGAUGAAAAAAUUACUCGAAGAUGAUCAAGACAUGCAGAAAAGUGACGUAAUUCAAGAAGCGAUCCGCAAAGCAGCUGCAGCUGUCGGCUCUCUGAGUACCGACCGUUUUGAGCUUGCAUUCAAUCCUGACAUUUAUCAGAAAUUUGUCAAAUUUUGUGAUUCAGAGGAACAAUCGUUAACAACCGACCAAGAACUAGUGUGCAGUGCUUGUGAAUUUCUGGUUUUGAAACAGAUCCCAGCAUUUGUCAGAGAUGCGUUAAGCUUGUGUAUCACUCCCCAAGAUGGUAGAGCUCUGAUUGAGUUGAUGCAUCAACGUGGUAUCAAUGUACGUUAUUUGAAUCGUAUAAUCGAAUCAGUCAGUGCUCAUCAGUCAUUAGGCUACUUGAAAAAAAUGGCUAUUUGUGAAGUUUUGUUACGAUCAGCAAAACACUUAUUUAAAACAUAUCUUCAAGAUGUUGAUCCUAUGCUCCUUUCAGUUGGUGUUGCUCAUUUUCUAAACUGUUUUUUAACAGCUUGUCCUAAUCUUACACCCUUACUGGGAAUUGAUGAGCAAGUCCUCAAAUUGAAUCGUAAUAAAAAGAAUAAGAAAAAAUCUAAAAAUCUUCGUGAAUCACCAGAGGAAAUGGCAUGGCUUAAUGAAACACAUUCCAGUAUGUGGUCUGAAAUAAUUAAAGAAGCUAAAGAAUACUAUCAUUAUCAGAUAACUGCGUUAGACAUUGAUGAAUUCUGUAAAAUUUAUGAAGUUCAACGUAUUCAGCUUGUUAGAACAUUUUGCACAUCUGUUGGUAUUCAGCUACUUUUACGCGAGUAUAAUCUCACUCUACCGAAUGGUGUGAAACACCAUCAGAAACCGGUAUUCAAUACUGAAGAUAUAAUAUCUCUUUAUCCAAUUGUGAAACAUUUACAUCCUCAUGCAACUGAUGCUUAUCAUUAUUUCACAACUGGUCAAGCUCGAAUUUCUGCUGGUCAUCUUCAAGAAGGUUUCGAAUUGAUUAACGAAGCUUUAAGUCUAUUAAAUGGUGUAUAUGGCCCUCUUCAUCCUGAUAUUGGUGCUUGUAAUCGUCUUUUAGCUCGUUUAUCUUAUGUUAUGGGUGAGCAUGAAGCUGCAUUAUUGUUUCAACAUCGUGCUACAAUGAUUAGUGAACGUGUGCAUGGCAUUGACAGCCCUAAUACAGCUACUGAAUAUAUACAUUUCUCACUGUAUGUAUUCGCUUGUGGACAUAUACCUACAGCUUUGCAAUUACUUUAUCGGGCUCGUUAUAUAGCACUUUUAUGCCAUGGUGAAUGUCAUCCUGAAAUAACACAAAUAGAUACCAAUAUCGGUCUAAUGUUACAGUUAGUUGGUGAAUUUGAUUUGGCUUUAAUAUUUUUCGAAAAUGCAUUAUCUUUGAUUAAAUUAUUUUAUGGUGAACGAAAUUUGAAAGAAGCGUUCACUUGUCAUUUAAUCAGUCUCACAUAUACUUAUCGUGGUGAUUUUCGUACUGCUCUUGAUUAUGAAAAACGUCGUUUUCUAAUCUAUAAAGAACGUUUAGGUCCUGAUAGCGAUUAUACUAAAGAUAGUGAUGAAUGUUUACGACAACUUACCCAACAAGCUGUUACAAUUGCACGUAAAGUAGCUGAACUUACAGCGGCGGCUGCUGCUUCUUCAACAAAAUCAAAUGAUUCUUCAUUGAAUAGUCAUUUCAAUUCACAUUCUUCAACUAGUAAUCAUGCUUUUAUUAAUGAAUCACUUGUUGCUAAAGCAGUUUUAUCCAAUUCAUUCGGUAUUGCUGCUGGAGGAAAUGCUAAUUUAACUGGAGGCAGUGGUGCUGGUUCAUUAACUUUGCCUAUUCCAACUAUUUCGUCAAUUUUAGAAACACUCAAUCGUGUAAAUGGAAUAUUAGUUAUACAAAUAAGAGGAAAAGAUGACAAUCAACAACAUACUCAUGAUGAAAAUAAAAAACAUUCAGUCAAUAAAUCUGAUCUUACAGAAUCGCCUAUUGUCAUAUGUGAUAAAAUUCGACAAUCCAAGAAUGAUAUUCAUCUGUUGACACCAUCAUCCUCCAAUGAUAAAGACUCAUCGAAAUUUUUUCCCACUGCAUUAAAUAACAACGAUGUGAACAAAUCUGUAAUUCCAGUGUUGUAAUAUGUGUUGAUACGUGUGGAUUGGUUUGAUUCCCUGACGCUAAUGAUAAACUAAUUGUUUUUUUUAAUGGUGUUAUAAUAUGAAAAAAAAAUUGAAUGGAAUAUUUCCAACAAUUGUCGAAAGUGUAUCUUCAUAAUCCCAAUUACAAUUACAUUAAUUGUUUUAGGUGAACAGAAUACAAAUAUAAAUUCAUUUCAAAACAUUAAUUUGUUGCAUAGAUAUGAUUUUAGUUUAAUAAAAGCACAAAAUUACUUUGAUAAUUAACUCUUGUUGUGUAUACUAACUGUUAGUCUUCCUAUUUUGUUCUUUUUCUAUACAUAUUUUAUUUGUAAUUUAUGUAUCAUAGUUUAGAUGAACACUUAGUUACAUUUGUCUUAUCUAUUUCUUGAUAGAAUAUAACAUUUUGUACACACUACACCUGUAUUCCUGUCCUAUAUAUAUGUGUGUGUGUGUAUGCUCACUGAUACAAAUGUAUGUGAAUUACAUUUUAUAGUUCUACUCUAUGUGUAUAUCUAUGCAAAAUCCUUUGUUUCAAACAAAUCAUAUUAGUCUGUAGAAUAAUUAACUAAUUCUGUCCAUUUUUGCAUUUCAUAGAGUACUACCAUUGAGUUUUACACCUUUUGUUUCCUAAAUAUAAUACAUCAUUCGGGG